AUGUCGCCCGAGACGGCCGUUAUUACGAGCAACAGCUCGGUCCAGGCCUCGCCUGAGCAGAGGGGACGUGAGCUCACCGAUGACCAGUUCUCUGCGGGCCCUUUUCAACUACCAGAGCCGGUUCUCUCGAGGAAAACCAGCGACAAUUCUCUAGGCCAGACCCUGGUGGGCAGCCCAAGUGCCAUGUCAGAGGCCGUCAACAAGGGUAACAACAUCAUCAGGCGUUUAUCGAACAGGGCAACGGCCAAGUUCUCCCGCCGCAGGACGUCCUCCGCCGCGCCCAAGAGCCGUGACGGUAGCGUCGGCCCUGGCAUGCUCCGAAGACGAAGUGACAGCAAUAACACGGCCCCACCCGACCUUGCCGCGUAUAGCGACUCUGACGAUGAGUUCGUUGACGAGAUGGACGAUCUCCGGUCGCUGAUUGGCGGUCUUGAUGGGGCUCUUCGGGAGUCUUCCUCGAAUAGCACAACAGCGUCUCUCGCGGGCUCCACCUCUCCUUCGAACACCACCGCCGGUCCUGUCAUUCCCUUUCAGCUGCUCAAGGGCACCUGGAUCAGGAAGGUCUCCAAGAAGAACUGGAAGAAGCGCUUCGUCCUGGUCUUUGACCAAGAAGCGGCCAAGAUUUCCUGGGACAAGAACCGGCCCCACAAGUGCCUCUACAUCGACGACAUCAAGGAGAUCAGGACCGGCUCCGACAUUCGGCAGUACCGCAUUGACUACGGCGUCCCGGAAACCGAGGAGGGCCGUUGGUUCUCCAUCAUGUAUGCAGUACCUGAUAAGUCAAAGACCAAGAUGAUGCAUCUCGUUGCCGAUGACGACAGUACCUUUUACAACUGGGUCACUACUCUCGAGGCCAUCUCAAAACAUCGACAGGAUAUGAUGGCCUCGCUGAUGGCCUUUAACGAUCGCGCCAUUCGCGACUACUGGAUUACGGAGAUGAACAAGCAGUGUGCCCCCGGCGAAAAGCACCCCAACCCCAUCGAAGAAGGCGACAUUGACUUUGACGGGGUUCAGCGGGUCUGCCGCAAUCUUCACAUCCAUGCUUCGCCGAGCCAGCUUCGCGCCAAAUUCCAUGCAGCUGAUGUCACCAACACGGGUCGUCUGAACUUUUUCGAAUUCCAGACCUUCGUGGGUUACAUGAAACGACGUGACGACAUUCGCCAGAUUUACAACCAGAUUGCGGCUCAGCCUGACGCUGGUCUCACCGUCAAGGAGUUCUUGACCUUUUUGCGGGAGAUCCAGUGUGAGAAUGUCGACGCUGACCUUGCCGCUUGGGAGGCACUGUACAGCAAGUUUGCGCGCAAGUUCCGCUCGAGGGAAACCGAAAAGCCCGAGACAGGCAGCCUGGACAGUCCGAGAAUGGGUGAUGCCGCCUUUGCCGCAUUUCUGACCUCCACUUACAACUUGCCUGUGUACAAGGAACCCAAGGAGUACACCCUGGACCGACCGUUGAACGAGUAUUUCAUUUCCAGCUCUCACAACACUUACCUGCUUGGUCGACAGGUCGCUGGUCUGUCCAGUGUCGAGGGGUACAUUUCGGCGCUCGCCCGCGGCUGCCGCUGUGUCGAAGUCGACUGCUGGGAUGGCGCCGAUGGCCAGCCUACCGUCAACCACGGUAGAACUCUUACCACCUCAAUCAGCUUCCAGGAGACCAUGACGACCAUCAACAAGUACGCCUUUGUCAAGACCCGCUACCCCCUCUGGAUCUCAUUGGAAGUUCACUGCUCUCCUGCCCAGCAGGCCGAGAUGGCCCGCAUCAUCAAGGAGACUUUCGGCGCUCGACUCGUGACCGAGCCCUUGGACCCUUCCUCCGACAAACUCCCCACUCCCGAACAGCUCAAGGAGCGUGUUCUGAUCAAGGUUAAGCGCCCUCAGCCCAGGGAGGAGCCCAAGCCGGCGGAGGCAACCGGACGACGACGUGGUAAUAGCCUCACUUCGCCGUACCCGAAGCCCGUUCAGCUCGACAACAGCGCCAUUCCGGUCAUUGCGUCGCAGUCCUUGCCUCAGAGCCCUAUCUUGAGUCCCAGUCACUCUUCCCGACGGCUGGUCAGCAAGAGCCGGGUGAACACCAUUACGGAGGGUGAGGUUCAAGAGGCCAUGAGCAGCAGCACAAGCGACAACGACAGCGCCGGUGAGCGCGCACCCGCACGGAGGUCAGCGAACAAGACGGUCAAGGUUCUCGGAGACUUGGGUGUAUACUGUGCGGGACUCAAGUUUAGCGGAUUCGACACUGCCGACGCGAAGGCUUACAACCACAUUUUCUCUUUCAUGGAAUCAAGCUUCUUCAGGAACAGCCGGGACAAGGAGGAAAGGGUUGCUAUGGACCGACACAACAUGCGCUACAUGAUGCGUGUGUACCCCGACCGUACAAGAAUCACCUCGAACAACUUCAACCCAAUCAGCUACUGGCGCAAGGGAGUGCAGAUGGCGGCCCUCAACUGGCAGACUUUCGACCUUGGCAUGCAGAUGAACCAAGCCAUGUUCGAGAGCGGCACCGACAGAUCCGGAUACGUCCUGAAGCCCACCGAACUCCGCGAGAUCAAGAGGCUGCCCGAGGAGUGGUCUGGCAAGCGAGAGCGCAAGGAGGUGGUCUUCAGUGUCGAUGUGAUCUCGGCGCAGCAGCUCAUGCGCCCCAACGGUAUGCCGGCCAACAAGACGGUUGACCCAUAUGUUGAGGUUGAGGUCUUCCACCCAAGCGACAAGAGAGACAAGAUGGAGGUGGACCCCACCAUGGCCUCGGUCUCGGAUUCGCCCCUCAAGUACAGGACCCAAGUGAUUCCGGAGAAUGGCUUCAACCCGAUCUUUGAUGGGAAGUUCACAUUCAAAGUCACGACCAAAUUCCCCGAGCUCAUCUUCGUCCGCCUCUCGGUGAAGCUUUCACACAAUGGCGAGAGCUACAACGACCGCCCUCCCGUCGCAACCCACACGGCCAAGCUGAGUGGUCUGAAGCGUGGCUACCGCACUCUUCCGCUGUUCGACCACAACGGCGAGCAGUACCUCUUUUCAACACUCUUCACACGUGUCAGCGUCGACUCCGUCCAGACGGUUCUCUUCGAGAACCCGGAGGACAACGCCGACAACACCAGCACGAACAGCAAGCCUCGAGGCAUCGGGCGAGUCUCCAACAUCUUCGGCACUCGCUCCAACAACAUCAGCCCCAAGUCCAGCAUGGACAAGUCGAGCUUCGAAGGCUAG